AUGGUGUGCCCGGAGCACUCACUCCGAACUAAACCGGGCAUCCCGAAGAAGCUAUCGAAUCUAGAGCAAAAGCAACAUUCAUGCGACAGAGAAGAAUGGGUGAAGAAAGGGUAUGAUGGACGAAUUGAACUCGCUAGGGUUGACGAAAAACUCGGAGACUGCGCCUAUCCGAUGAGCUAUAUUCAGUGCCUGGAAAUAGCACAAACGAGAGAUGCAGCUGGGAUCCUGACGUCAUCCACAGGUGGGAAAGCAACAACAUGCCUCUGCAUGCUGUUUGAUGCACUUGGUGGCAGACAGAAGGAGUUAGUCUAUCGACGUAAUACACAACUCAUAAAGUUGCUGAAAAUUCUUCGACAGCCCAAAACCGAUUUCGCUCCUCCUGGGGCUCACUACUUGCAAAUCGUUAGUAAUCCGAAGAGAUCCCGAAUUUUUAAUGAAGGCAUCGUCCUCUGCUUCCCGGACGUCCUCAGUGCUUCUGUACCUUUCGGUAUAGAUUAG